GCGAAAUAAGACCGAGAGGUCUCCGACCCCAAAACUCGCUGAAAUUCGGGGGGAAAAUCAAUCCCGAUAAUUUUAUCUCUUUAUCCUCUCGUUGAAAGAUCGAUUUAGAAUUUGUUCGAUAUUGUAAAUCAAUCGAUAAAACAUCCAAAAUUCAGCCAAAAAAAAAGUCAAAAGGAGUAAUUUGAAAAAGGUCAUGGCUUUGAGGCGACUCCUCACGCAGAAUUUGAAGCAUCGGUAUCAUAACGCCGGAGGUAAUUUUUCUAGGUUUCAGUCGAGCUAUGUGGGCAGUUUUGCUAGUAAAUUUAGGGAUUCGGGUGGAUGGAAUGAAGCCUCAAUGGUUAAAGAGCUGCAGAGAAGUGAUCCCGAGAGAGCUAUUAGGAUCUUUGAAUCACAGCCGUCAUUGCAUUCGAAUCCCUCAGCGGUUGCUGCAUAUGUCAAAGCAUUGGUUAGGGUUGAUAGGCUGGAAGAGAGCUCAUUGCUCAAGUCGUUGCAACGAGGUGUUUCUAUUUCAUCUAGAGAAGAAGAAGUAGGUGCUUUUUCAGCUUUCAAGAAUGUGGGUCAAGUCACUAAGGAAGGAGUUCUGGGUUCUGCUAGUGCACCAAUUCACGCGAUUGCAGUUCAGACUGGAACAUUUAAGAACUUCUUAUGGGGCACUAUCCGUGCAGCUGCUCUUUGUUUUCUUCUAAUGUCUGGUGCAGGAGCACUCCUUGAGGGCCGGGGAGUUGGUAAAGGCUUAAAUCUAAAUGAAGAGGUUCAGCCAAUACUGGAUAGUAGUACAAAGUUUAGUGAUGUAAAGGGUGUGGAUGAAGCUAAAGCUGAACUGGAGGAAAUAGUUCAUUACCUUCGUGAUCCAAAGCGCUUCACCCGGCUUGGAGGCAAACUCCCUAAAGGUGUGCUUCUUGUGGGUCCCCCUGGCACUGGGAAGACUAUGUUGGCUAGAGCAAUUGCUGGAGAGGCCAGUGUUCCUUUCUUCUCAUGCAGUGGUAGUGAGUUUGAGGAGAUGUUUGUUGGCGUGGGGGCCAGGAGGGUAAGGGAUCUUUUUGCUGCGGCGAAGAAGAGAUCACCAUGUAUAAUUUUCAUCGAUGAGAUUGAUGCUAUCGGCGGGAAACGCAAUGCAAAGGAUCAAAUGUAUAUGAAGAUGACCUUGAAUCAGCUUCUUGUUGAAUUGGAUGGAUUUAAGCAGAAUGAUGGGAUCAUCGUGAUUGCCGCAACAAAUUUCCCUGAAUCGUUGGACAAAGCAUUGAUUCGUCCAGGCCGGUUUGAUCGCCAGGUUGUUGUUCCCAACCCAGAUGUUGAAGGCCGGAGACAGAUAAUGGAAUCACAUAUGUCCAAGGUUGUAAAGGCUGACGAUGUUGAUCUGAUGGUCAUUGCGAGGGGAACCCCAGGAUUCUCAGGUGCAGAGCUCGCAAACUUAAUAAACAUCGCUGCCCUAAAAGCUGCAAUGGAUGGGUCCAAUUCCGUAACCAUGGCAGAUCUCGAGUAUGCCAAGGACAGAAUCAUAAUGGGUAGCGAAAGGAAAUCAGCAGUAAUCUCAGAUGAAUCAAGAAAGCUAACAGCUUUCCAUGAAGGCGGCCAUGCCCUAGUUGCCAUCCACACUGAUGGAGCCUACCCAGUCCACAAAGCCACCAUCGUCCCUCGAGGAAACGCUCUCGGCAUGGUUGUCGAGCUUCCAGAAAAGGACGAGACAAGCAACUCUCGUAAACAAAUGCUUGCUAGGCUUGAUGUUUGUAUGGGAGGUCGAGUUGCAGAGGAACUCAUUUUCGGGGAAAAUGAAGUGACUUCAGGUGCUUCUUCAGAUUUUGAGAACGCGACUUCGGUAGCAAGAGCCAUGGUCACAAAGUACGGGAUGAGUAAGAAUGUUGGGCUUGUUUCGCACGAUUAUGAGGAUGAUGGAAAGAGUAUGAGUAGUAGCACUAGGUUGCUUAUAGAGGAAGAGGUGAAGGAGCUGUUGGAGAGAGCUUAUGGGAAUGCAAAGAAUAUACUGACUACUCACAGUAGGGAGCUUCAUGCACUAGCUGCUGCUCUUUUGGAGCAUGAAACUCUGUCAGGGACUCAGAUCAAUGAGUUGCUGGCUAAAUUGAGUACACAAGAGCAGGUACCCGUAGAAGUUUCAGAGAGUAGUGCACAGAGAUUUGUGGCUGCUGCUGCAGUGAAAGCCAAGGGAGUUGCUCAGCCUGUUGUGGGAUCUUAGCAAUGGUAAUAAAUUUUUAUUGGUGUAUGUUUAGUGUAUAGUUUUGUAUGAGCUUUAAGUGGCUCCACAUAUUUCUCAUAUUGCAUGAGAGAUGAGAAAGAUUUAGCGAACUGUGAUUGAGAUGAUAUAUACCCUCCUGGGGUGAAGCUUGUACUUGGAUGGUCCAUCAUUUCUUAAAGCAAAGUGAGGGUGGAGUCAUUAAUUUACGUUCACAACUAAUUCCUCGUAUGGGAUUGGAAUUGUGCUGUUCCAUGCGGAAUCAGAUGUUUAUAUGUUGUAUUUUAGCUUUUAUCAUUGGUCUUAUACUUGGUCGAAUAUUGUUAGCUCUUAUUCUGGCAUCCAUA